CCACCUAUACACACCAGCAGCCUCCUUCAUUGUGCUCUUUCAUUCACUUCCUGUUUGUGAGGCGUAGUGUGUGUGUGUGAAGUGCAGAAGUCUUUGAGCGCAGCAGAGAGCUACAACCAGUUACCAGCGGCUGAUUUCACCCUUGCUUCGCUGCACUGCUCCGCCGUGCCCAGGAUGUGGGUUUGUCUGUUAAACUGUGAUGUGUGUGGUGAAUGAAUGGCAGUGGCACAAAGCUGGAGACACUUUGCCUUGGACUCUUCAGACACAUACAGAGGCUAUGGAUGCUGGACAGUAAACUGCAGAACCUGAGCGGUGAAGAUGCAGCACACCUCAUGCACAGAGGACAGGAUCCAGCAUGCACUGGACAGAUGUCUGGACGGGCUGAGACAAAGCCCCACAGCCGCACACCACUGGAACGUGCUGAUGUGCUCAGCGGGUCAGUCAAUGAACCGCUGGAGCCUGGAGGAGCUGGUGAAGAGGGACACUGAAAACUUCCUCAUCCUCUUACAACAGAUCAUCAAGAAGACCAAAGUGGUUCAGGAGCAGUGUCAGUAUGAGCUGGUGGCUCCCCUCGCUAUCAUGUUCUCUUCCACGUUGCUUCAGAAGCCAUAUUGUCCUCCAGACACAGAGCUGCUGGAGGAAGCGAUUGAAGUGUUUCGCUGCUUCCUCACCUGGCCUGAACCUUACUGCGGUGUGUGUAGAGACCUCCUCUCCAAACUACAACUGGAGAUCAAGGCUCCAGGGAUUUCCUUUCAGAGACUGGUGAGAGAAGAACAGUUCCUAAAUUCCUCUGGCCAGAGCUCCAAGACCAUGACCGUGCUGCUGAUGAACCCGUGUGAGGUCCCCGCUGACUUUCUCUCAGUGGCCGAGCAGCUCAGUCGCAUUCAGCACUCGCAGAAAGAGACCUACAUCACCCUGAUCAAACACGCCUUCCAGUCCACACUAGGCACCAAGUACCCUCUACAAAGCAUACAUAGCGCCCUGCAGGCAAAAACGGUGAAUGAAUUAGGUCCGAUCUUCUCCACGGUAAGUGAUAUCUUAGAGACCGCCGCUGCCAUGAGUGACCCUCUGAAGGGCCGCAGUCAUGUGACCCAGGGACUUGAGCAACUGAGGGAGAGCAUGAGAAUCCCAGCAUCCAAUGGAAGGAAGUCUGAUGGAAUGCUACAAACUCUACCGUUGCCCACAGCCAAGUGUUACAUGUUUCACUGGGAGAAAGAUAACUUUGACGUUCUGAACACCCUUUUGGAACAUGAGCCUAAUGACCAGGUCGCUAAUGGGCAGGCUGAGGAGGAAGAGGAAGAAGACAUUGAUGAUGAUGAUGAUGAUGAUGAGGAGGAGGAUGUGACAGAGAUUGAUUUAGAUGAGGAGGAUGAGGAGGAAGAAGAAGACAAAGAAGAUGGGGAACAUGGAGUAGAAUCGCCUUCAAUAUCUUUCAUCCCUUAUGGCUACAGCGCCAACCAUCGUGCCUCCACCUUUUCCAACAUCUCCUCCCUGUCCACCGCCUCCAAAGACUCCAUGUUCUCCACCUUGUCCGUAGCCUCAGAGUCCUACGCUCCGUCCCUCUUCUCAGCCACUUCUGGAGUUGAUAGUGACUACUUUGAAGAUUCUGACGACUACAUCUGCUCCUCUCCUGUCGCCGAAAAAUGUUCGCCAAAGUCUGUGAACAAAGCUUCGGCUCGGCUCAGCCAGCACUUGUACCGGCUCUUCAUCAAACCCAAGAGCUCUCGGUCGCUGUAUCGGGCCAAAAGCUUAGGACACACCGAAUCAAAAGACCAUUUCGUGGUGCGAGAUAAACCUCGCUCCAACUCUCUACCACAGCAAGUCAGGUUACGCUGUACUGAGCCCUCUCUCCAGCCACAAAGUCGAACUCUCAGACAUGUCUGCUUCCGAAGGAGGCCCAUUCUCAGCAGCGACGAGGACGGUCAGAAUACGACGCUGAGGGUGGUGGUGUUCGGUGCUGAUCACGUAGCGGGGAAGGUGGCCCGAGCCUACAAUAGCCUGAGGAGGAAGGAGAGUGCAUGUCCACGUCUCAGCAGAGCCUUCAAGCUUCAGUUCUACUUUGUGCCUGUGAAGAGGGACUCUGCAGCAGGGCCGGGGAGUCUGAGGUCUAUGGGUCCUGUGGUUGAAUUGCCAAAAGGAGCAGCACUGUCUAAUGAUGUCCAGCUCACGGGUGCAGGGGACAGCACUAACGACAUUGCCCAUCUCCUUGGUAUGUUGGACCCUUGGUACGAAAGAAACACCCUUAGCCUGCUUAACUUGCCUGCCAACGUCGUCUGCCAGCAAACCUCAAAGACGGAGUCAGAGUCAUAUGACAGUUCAUAUGAGCAGCGUCUCCCCAUCCUGGCCGACUUGGUCCUCUACUACUGCCGCUAUGCUUCCCGGCCGGCUCUGAUCCAGCUCUAUCAGGCUGAGUUGACGUUAGCUGGUGGAGAGAGGAGGACUGAGGUGUUCAUCCACUCCCUAGAGUUGGGUCACACCGCAGGAACACGAGCCAUAAAGGCCAUGGGUCCUGCCAGUAAACGGUUCGGUAUCGAUGGUGACCGGGAAGCAGUGCCCCUUAUGUUGGAGGUUGUGUACAACAGGGUUGUGAUUAGUGGGAGAAGCCAGUGGAAAAGAGAAUCUAAAGUCUGUACUUCAAUAAGCUUAACCAAAGCAUGCAAGAAUCCCGAGGAACUAGACGCAAAGAUGGAGUGCCUGCAGCUCACGAUGACUGAGGUCGUGAAGAGACAGAACUGUAAAAGCAAGAAGGGCUACAACCAGCAGCUGAACAUGACAGAGGUGAAGGUAGACAAGGUGCAGGUCAACGGAGCUGGAAACACAACCUUUGCUGUGUGUUUUGACCAGGAUGAGAAAAAAAUACUGCAGAGUGUCAUCAGAUGUGACAUAUCUGUGUGCUAUAAACCGGACAGCUCCACUGACUGGAGGCUAAGAAAAGCCCCGACCUCGGCCCAAAUCCAGCCUCUCAACUCCACCUUCUGCUCCCUCCUCUGCCUGCCUAUAGUUACUUUCAGUGGGGCUCUUCCCUGAGUCUUCUGAUCACUGGUUUGGAUGGUUUGAAAGGAAACAUUCUGUGCACUUAUUUAUGCCCUGAAUAACAGACACUGACUGCAGAAGGAAAGUGCACAGGACAUACAGAUUUUUAAUUUCUGCCUGGGGUCAUGGAGCUGCUGUGGUUAAGUUCACAUGAUGGCGGCCUCAAACAGCAGUGGGAUACAACUGUUGCAAACACGAGGACUUGCUGUGAAGGGGUAAUCAGGAAACAGCAGACCUGGCCUGUGAUAGAAACACAAACCAAAGAACUCGAGAAACAAAGAAUGACAAGACAUACAACUAUAAUAAUAAUAAUGCACAGUCCAGCUUUCUCUGCACAAAGCAAUCAUUUACUGUUGUUAAGGAAAUUGUUGAAGUUUCAUUCCACAGGUUUUAGUUCCUCUUUUCCUGCAGACAGAGAAGUGACCUUAGCCACAGUAACAUUACAAUGGCAUUUGGUCAAACAGGGUGAAUGAAACUGGCAACAUCAAUAUGUUGAAAAAUGCACGUGUCGAGAGAUGGAAUGUAAAAAGUCAAAGUUUUGAGAACUUUUCUCCUGAUCACCCCACAUGGACAUGAAGGACCAAGGGGAAAUGUUACACCUGUUGAACAGACUGUAAUGCCUCCAUAAGGGGUGAUUAUGGGACUAUUGGACUAUAUCUGAGAAUGGACACUAUGGACUUACACAAUAUGUAAAUAUCCUGUUUGCACGAUAUUGUAUUGCAUGCUUGAAUGUUACACGAUAAUGUUGUAUGUCUGUUAUACAUGGGCUUUCGGUGAUAACAUUUCUCCUAAGGAGUUACAAUGAAGUCAAUGUUGUUAUAAAUAUGACCAGCAGGGGGCUCUGUUGACGUCCCAACUGACUUCAGUUGAAGUACAGAUUACUUUAACAAAACAAAAUUGGCGAUAUGUGUAGUAUGACUUUGUAAUAACCUCAAUGUAAUGUAUGUAUAGAUAGCAUAUUUUAUUGUAGCUCUUGCAAAGUGCUAACCUAUAUUUCAUCAAAGGUAAAGAUGGAAAAUAUGAAUUUGAUUUGGUGCAAAAAAUACCUUUAUAAAAUGUAACUGAUUGAUUGCACUUUGCAUAUUGUAAACUAUGACAUAAAAAAAAUAUAUAUAUAUAUAUAUAUAUAUAUACAUGAGAGAUAAUACCCUGAUCACCUCACCGAGCACUGCACAUAAAUAUUGUAUGAAAUUGAAUAACUUGAACAUUAGAUUAGUGAAUGAGGUACUUUUCUUUUCAAAUAUAUGCCCUACGUGCCUUCUCUGAUUGAAAUAUUUCAAAUGCAAUAAAUAUUAUUUUUUUAAUUGUAUGUGUAUCAUCUAUGCAAUGGAUACAAUCUGAAAUAUAAUCUUCAAUAAAACAUGUCUUCAACUGGA